GACAACAAAUUAACAAUGGAACCCUCAAAAGAAUAUGUAUUCAGCCACAAAGGAUUUUAUUUUGGAGCAAAUAUAGCUACCCCUGAGUACAUAGAUUCCCUGGAGACGUUUGAAAUCAGAGACAGCGAUAUAUUUAUAGCUACUUAUCCAAAAUCAGGAACUGUGUGGACUCAGAAUAUUUUGAGCCUUAUAUUUCACGAAGGCCACCGUAAUGGAACAGAAAAUAUAGAUAUCAUGGAGAGAAUCCCCUGGCUGGAAUACAAUAUACAAAAGAAGGAUUACUCAGCUUUUCCUUCGCCUCGUCUUUUUGCCACCCACCUGCCUUACUACUUAACUCCAAGAGACCUGAGAAACAAAAGAGCACGGGUUAUUUAUGUUACCAGGAACCCUAAGGAUGUUUUGGUUUCUUACUUCCACUUUUCCAAAAUCGUAGCCACACUAGAGGAGGUAUCAGAUUUCAACCUUUUUGUGGAGAGAUUUUUAGCUGGCAAAGUUCUUGCCAGUUCAUGGCUGGAUCACGUUAUAGGCUGGCACAGCCAUGCAGAGGAUUUCAAUAUACUCUUCCUUUCCUACGAAGAAAUGAAAAAGGAUCUCAGAGGUGCCGUGCUGAAGAUCUGCAACUUCGUAGGCAAGACCCUGAGUGAAAACGAAGUGGAAAGCGUUGUGAGACAGGCUACGUUUGAGAACAUGAGGAAAGAUCCCAGGGCAAACUAUGAGAACCUACCAGAAUACCUCAGAGGGCAAAAGAAAGGUCACUUUCUACGCAAAGGCACUGUUGGAGACUGGAAAAACAUGAUGACAGUAGCACAGAGCGAAAGGGUUGACGAAGUUCUGAAAGAGAGAAUGAAGACUCUGCCCAUCAAGUUCAUCUGGGAUAUUAAUGAUGAAAUGUAG